CUUCUCUGUGAGCAGCUGACUUUAGAAGAUCGAGAUGGGGAGAACAAGCAUGACAGACUGGGUCCUCCUGGCAGCAGCCCCCUCAACAGCACCUCCCACUACAACGACCAUAACAGCAACCUCCACAACAUCACCCCCCACUACAACAACAACACGCCCCACAACAACUACCUCAACAGCAGCCCCGACAACAGAAUCCCCCACUACAACCACUAUAACGUCAGCCCCCUCAACACAGCCCCCACAACAGCACCUCCCACUACGACCAUCACAGCAACCCCUACACCAUCACCCUCCACUACAACCACCACAACAGCAGCCCCGACAACAGAACCUCCCACUAAAACCACUACAACGUCAACCCCCUCAACAGCACCUCCCAAUACAACGACCACAGCAGCACCGACAACAGCGCCCACCGCUACAACCACCACAACAGCAGCCCCCACAACAGCACCUCCCACUACGACCAUCACAGCAACCCCUACAACAUCACCCUCCACUACAACCACAACAGCAGCCACUACAACAACACGCCCCACAACAACCACCACAACAGCAGCCCUGACAACAGAAUCCCCCACUACAACCAGUGCAACAGCAGCCCCCUCAACAGCACCUCCCACUACAACGACCAUAACAGCAGCCAUUACAACAACACCCGCCACUACAACCACCACAACAACAGCACCGACAACAGCACCUCCCACUACUACCAUAUCAACAACCCCUACAACAUCACCCUCCACUACAACCACAACAGCAGCCACUACAACAACACGCCCCACAACAACCAUCACAACAGCAGCCCUGACAACAGAAUCCCCCACUACAACCACUGCAACAGCAGCCCCCUCAACAGCACCUCCCACCACCACAACAGCAGCCCCCACAACAGCACCUCCCACUACGACCAUCACAGCAAACCCCACAACAUCACCCUCCACUACAACCACAACAGCAGCCACUACAACAACACGCCCCAUAACAACCAUCACAACAGCAGCCCUGACAACAGAAUCCCCCACUACAACCAUUGCAACAGCAGCCCCCUUAACAGCACCCGCCACUACAACCACCACAACAACAGUACCGACAACAGCACCCCCCACUACAACCAACACAACAGCAGCCCCCACAACAGCAUCUCCCACUACGACCAUAACAGCAACCCCCACAACAUCACCCUCCACUACAACCACAACAGCAGCCCCUGCAACAGAACCCCCCACUACAACCACUGCAGCACCCACAACAGCACCUCCCACUACGACCAACACAGCAACCCCUACAACAUCACCCUCCACUACAACCACAACAGCAGCCACUACAACAACACGCCCCACAACAACCACCACAACAGCAGCCCUGACAACAGAAUCCCCCACUACAACCAGUGCAACAGCAGCCCCCUCAACAGCACCUCCCACUCCUACGACCAUACCCACUACAACCAACACAACAGCAGCCCCCACAACAGCACCCCCCACUACAACCACCGCAACAGCAGCCACUACAACAACACCCGCCAAUACAACAUCACCCUCCACUACAACCACAACAGCAUCCACUACAACAACACCCGCCACUACAACCACCACAACACCUCCCACUACGACCAUCACAGCAACCCCCACAACAUCACCCUCCACUACAACCACAACAGCAGCCACUACAACCAUAACAGCAACCCCCACAACAUCACCCUCCACUACAACCACAACAGCAGCCACUACAACAACCACCACAACAGCAGCCCCCACAACAGCACCUCCCACUACGACCAUCACAGCAACCCCUACAACAUCACCCUCCACUACAACCACAACAUCAGCCACUACAACAACACGCCCCACAACAACCACCACAACAGCAGCCCUGACAACAGAAUCCCCCACUACAACCAGUGCAACAGCAGCCCCCUCAACAGCACCUCCCACUCCUACGACCAUAGUAGCAGCCACUACAACAGCACCCGUCACAACAGCACCUCCCACUACAACAACCAUAACAGCAACCUCCACAACAUCACCCUCCACUACAACCACAACAGCAGCCACUACAACACCUCCCACUACGACCAUAACACAGCAACCCCCACAACAUCACCCUCCACUACAACCACAACAACAGCCACCCCCAACAACACCCCCACACCCGCCACCAACCACCACAACAGCAGCCCCGCCCACAACAUCACCCUCCACUACAACCACAACAGCAGCUACUACAACAACACGCCCCACAACAACCACCUCAACAGCAGCCUCGACAACAGAAUCCCCCACUACAACCACUACAACGUCAGCCCCCUCAACAGCACCUCCCAA